AUGGUGUUGCAAAUCAGACAUAAAUGGAUUUUCUCCUGGGGCUUUGCGAUUUCAUUGCUGUUUCUGAACGUUGCCCUUUGCGAUGAGCCCAGCAAAUUGCAACGAAAACUGACUGCUACUUUAAAUCCGGGAUGCAGAGAAUUCUGCGAAAAUAAUACAGCUAUCACACUGGUGCAUAUUGCGGCCGCAUCUGACACGGACACGAUCCAUUACGUGUGGGAUUUUACGGGCAAACCAACCAUUAUGGUAGCAUUAACGAGCAAACAGGCCGAAUUUCACAUCGAUUGGCCUAGAUUGAUAGAUAGCAAACCGGGUUCUGCUUACUUUACCGAAGUCCCACAAUACACCUUUAUGGCGAUUAUCAACCGGAUUUUCCAAUACGAUGACGCUCAUGAUCGUGCGAAGUUGGACGAUGAUACAAAUGUAUUCGUUUACGAUCCGCAUAAUUUUAUGUGGAACCGCAGCCUGCUGUGGUCGAACGAACAGGACGCUAUGAUGGCAAUCAAUGCGGGUGAUGAUUUUCUUUUCAAGUUAAAUGCAUACUCAACGAAAAAGCACGGCAUGGACUUUCCACAUUUGCUACAUACGUCGAACUCUACCCAGAUAGACAUAGUGUUUAAUAACAUAACGAACCGUUAUGCCAAUCCACGCUUUGCGAUCGAGCUACUAUUUGUCGUGUCGGAGCAAGCUGUUGUCGGGUCGGAGUUCGAGGUUACGAAGCGUAAAACGCUGGAUGAUGAGCAUACGCCAGGUAUUUUCGAAAUCGUCGACGUACUGUCACCGGGCGCUUUCACCUUCUCGGCCGGUGGGUUUAUUGAAUUCCGACCCGUGUCAUACACUCACCCCGAACGUGACGUGGCCACAUCGACUGAAACGCGACAAAGUCAGCCGGUUACUGUACGGUCACCAUCGGCAGCACUGCAAACCACGCUGGCCUACGCGCUGUACGGUACGAAGCUGGACAGCUAUCUAGUGCAGGGCAUGAAUGUUUCAUUCGGUGUCAGCGAGGAUGGGUUCUAUCGCAAAACAAACUACACCACCAUGACGUUCCAGGUCGGUUACGGUAUGCCACCGGUAGAGGAGUUGUCCGCAUUCGUGCUGAUUGUGGCUGGCAUUGGCAUCGGCGUACCGUUGGUCGUGUUGGCCGUGAGCAUCAUUUACGUUUGCGUCAAGAAGCUUCGCAAUCGGGACCGUUUCCAACAACAGCGACUGUAA